CUCACCCCCCCAGACCAGACCCAGCAGCAGCACCAGCAGGUCAGCCUGAGGUGUUUCCGCAGCCUGCACUCCCUGGAGGUGAGCGGCGUCCCCAUCACCCGGCUCAGAGCACUCCAGGCCCUGCGGUCACAGCUGCGGCGCCUGGUGGUCACCCGCAGCCUCUCUGCCCUCACCCAGAUCUUUGUGGAGUGUGGGGCUGACCAGGCAGGAGAGUUUGUGUGGGAGCACCUGCUUGAGGCCAUCCUGUCCCACAACGCUCUGCAAGAAGGAUGCCUUGACGACUCUCUCAAGCUGCUGCCCAACUUGAAGGUUCUCGACAUCAGCCACUGCAGACUAACGGACGUGAGCCACCUGCGACACCUCCCCUCGUUAGCGUACCUGGACGUGAGCCACAACCACCUGGCGGCCCUCCCCCACCUCCCCCCCACCUCCUCCCCCGCCCUCCUGGUGCUGCUGGCCUCCCAUAAUGAACUGAAGGACCUCAAGGGUCUGCAGGUCAUGACAGGGCUGGAGGAGGUCAAUCUCUCCCACAACUUCCUGGCGACCCGACCUGACCUGGUUGCCCUGGCUGCCCUGCCCCGUCUCAGGUCGCUCGCCCUGGCUGGCAACCCUGUGACCUGUGACCUGGCCUACCGCAGAUCAGCCGUCACCCUGCUGCAUCCUGCCAUUCAUGUUGGAGAGUUCAUCCAAGACAGCCUGCCUCUCUCCCUACAAGAACAGAUGUUGAUAGGCAGCCUCUCCUCCCCGCCUGACCUCCCCACCACCCCAUCUCCCCUCCCCAUCACUCCCCUUCAGUCCGCCCCCUCCUUGCCCCCCCAUCAACACCAUGGGAACGGCGAACAGCAGCAGCAGCAGGCUUCCUCGUCCCUCACCCACCAGGAGGUGCAGUGCAGGAGUGGGUGUGGGACGACUCGCAGAAGAUCAAAGAAGAGGAGAACGAGACACAUUACCUUAGGGGGGGAGGGGGAGGAAGGGGAGGAGGGGGAGGGGUUGGUGGGGGAAGGGGAGGGUGGGGGAGGAGCCUGUACCCCCACCCCCACUCCCCACCCACAUUGUAUGCGAGGGAGGAGGCACAAGGACAGGUAUGGGUCGCUAACAAGGCCGCACAACCCCAUCACUUACAACUACGAGGACUUCACGGAGGUUGACCACAGGCUGAAGCUGCAUCUCGAGGUGGUGCUGUUGGUUGAGCCUGACGAACACCUCCUCGGGCUGGUGAAGGGGGUAGCUCUCUCCCUCGCCCCCUCCUCCCCCACCUCCCCCACUACCUCUCUCCCUCCCCCAUCAAUUCUCUUGGUGUGCCUUGCAGACUCCCACCGAGCUAACUGCUUCUUCAACUUCCUAAUGGAGGCUUUGGGGGGGCAGGGGCUGACGCCAACCCUAGUGGAGGCCGCCCCCAGCCAAGAAGAAGGGGUGCUGGCGUUGCUGGAGGAGACGAGGGAGGAGGAGGAGGAGGAGGAGGAAGAGGAAGAGGAGGAGAAGGCAACUGCUCCUACUCUGUUUGCUGUUGUGUCACUUCUUCAAGGUGGAGGUUGCAGUGAGAGCCAGUACCUGCUGAUUAACGAGAAGGAUCUGAUUCUCUACCUGGCGGACCUUACCUGGUACAUGCCCUCCACUCCUGCUACUGCUGCUGCCUCUACGAAAUUGACUACCACAGCCGCUCAGAAGAUUCACAAUGUUACGGCUAUUGAGGUGCACACCCCCCACCACCUCUCCAUACACUACCUGGAUGAGUUGAGUCAGCUGGAGACAAACUGGCACCUGCACGUGGCCACGCCCCUCGUGUGUUACCAGAUCAUCGAGGCUGUGCGCGCUCCCUGGUCUGACAUCUUCGCCGUUGACCUGCAAGUGACUCGACAUACUCAGGAGGUCACUAGUGGUUGAUGUGUAUGUGUUUGUUUUGUGUGUGGGUGUGCAAUAUAUGUGAUGGGUGUGAAGGGGGAAGGGGGAGGGGGGUUUAUGUGAGGGAUAGGUAAUUUUUAUUUUUUUAUUUAUGUAUUUAUUUUUUGCUGUGAGUCCUUAUAGACUAUUCACAUUAACCCAGCAAAUAGGCAACACUCAUGACAGGAAAUCAUUUACCAGUGAGAUUCAGCCUUUCCUAGCAUCGACCAAUGUGAGCAGCCUUAGUUGGAUAGGGGGCGUGGCCUUUCUUUUAUUUAUUUAUUUGUUUAUUGUUAUUUUUAUUAUUAUUAUUUUUAUUAUUAUUAUUAUUAUUAUUAUUAUUAUUAUUAUUAUUAUUAUUAUUAUUAUUAUUAUUAUUAUUAUUUAUGUCCUGGCCUAUUGCACCAGUAGACCGUCAUGGUGCAGACAAGUGUUUAUAGUGGCGCCAUCUAUUAUUGUGGUUGUGGAUUAGCCAAUGAUAGAUACUUGGUGGAGAAGGAGGAGGGGCUUAAUUUCUCAGUUAGAGUGAAUAGCACAGGUGGGCACCGUUAAUCAAAAAGUCAACUCUGUUAACUGUAAAUCCAUUAACCAAAAAAUUAACUUUGAUGACCGUUAAUCAGUUAAUUCUUUAAAAAAUGUAAUGGAAGUUAUCGAUAAAUCAUUAACAUUAAUUUUUAUUAUAGAAAAAAACAAAAAAUCAGUUCUUGCUCUAAAACCACCUAAAAAUGCCUUUAAAAAGUGCCAAAACUGUAAAAUCAGACUUUUUGGGUGUUUUUAAGGGCUGUAGAACCCCAAAGCUACAGUUUUUUUGCUUUAGAGUUAAAAAAAGGCUGAUUUCAUAGUUUUGGAUCUUUUUUAAGUUUUUAAAGGCUUUUAGAGCCAGAAAAGGGUAAAAAAAAAUUAAAUGAAACAAUAUUAGUAAUAAACUAAUUUUUUUUUAUUGAUAAAGUGGCCAAAAGAAAAAAAAAUAAUAAAAAACAAGAUAUA